ACAACAUUCAUUUAUGAUUGCAUUGAACGAAGAAAGGUAGCAAGUUGAGAAAAAUACUUCUCGAUCUCUGUGCGCGAAACUUUGCGACCCAUAUUCGCUCGAACACAUUCGUUCUCUUAAGAAGCUCGACAUCGAAAAACCAUCGCAUCGAUCCUUUAAUGUAUAUCCAACGGAAUCCAACGUGCGAUGUAACACGUUGUACGACGAAAAGGAGCUGGACUUAAAGUUCUAAUCUCCGAAGACCGAUUGGCUCUGUCAGAGUCGACUCAAGAGCUUUCUCGGGUCCAGCCGGGAAAAGACCCCUUCUCGAAGAGAUAUCGCGAUCCAACGAAACGAUCGCGCGGACGUUCUCAGUGCCCAGAAUCCCGCCAUCCGUGCUCCUCGAAUGAUCGAACUCGGUCGUCGUGCCUUCGUAGACCGAUCGGCUCCGUGGAAAGGGAAACGCACAAUCGCUAAGAAUCGUACACCUACGCGUUAAAAUUGACGAUAGAACAACAUAGUCAUUCAAGAUCCAAUCGCAGUCACUAGAUCAUCCACCGUCACCGUUUGGAUUUCGUCUCGUCCGUCUCUGCAUCCGACAGUCGUCGUGUAACGUGUGAGAUCUUAUCGUCGCGACGGUUUCCGCAAAUCGCUCCGCAAUUACCGCGAAGUUCGGCGAGGACGCUAACGUCGGCGUCGAGUGCGCGUCCGUGCCGAGUAGCUGGUCCGUUCUGAUCAUCGAUGAACGUGAUUUGCGGUGCCGGGAAAGUGAGGCUCUAAUUAACUCGUGUGUGACGGCCACAACGUCUACGUGCCACGUUGUCCAAGCGGCGGAUCGCCCUUUUAGGAGAACCGAACCAGGAGAGGCGGCCAGCUGUUAAUCAGCAGCCACCGCGGUGGACAUGAUUAUUUCAAAGGAUUUGUUCCUCCUUGGCGACCAGGAUUAUCUGCGCCUUCCCGUCAACGAGAAGCGCCAGCAACGGGCAAUGGGCCGGCCGAUCAUCAAUGCUCCCAGAGUGGAAAGCUCAGCGCUGCAGUUGGUGUGCCCGCUGGAUUCUCGUCCGGUGCAGCUAAUCUUCCGGGGAUUGCAGGUGGUCAAGGAGAAACGGGUGCUCCUGCGAGAUGUGUCGGGAGUAGUCAAGCCAGGCGAAUUAUUGGCCGUUAUGGGCCCUUCAGGCUGUGGUAAAACAACACUACUGAACUGUUUGUCCGGCCGCGUUGGCGUGGACGGCGGUGAGAUCUGGCUGAAUCGCGAGAGGCUGACCAAACGGUGGCGCAGGAGAAUCUGCUAUGUACAACAGCAGGAUAUUUUUUUCCCCGAUCUCACCUUACGGCAGACACUUGAGUACCAGGCGAGGCUGAGGCUUCCGGACACACUCUCGCACUCCCAGAAGAUGCAGUGCGUGGACCACAUCAUCGAGGUCCUCGACCUCGCGGGCUGCCAAGACACCAUUAUUGGAGAUUAUUCGAAACGGGGAAUUUCCGGUGGUGAAAAGAAGCGGACGAGUAUAGCUUGCGAACUACUCACGAAUCCAUCAUUGAUGCUACUUGACGAACCUACGAGUGGACUCGACUCACAUUUGGCACAAGCAUUGAUCUCGCGGUUGAAGAAAUAUGCUGAGCAGGAGGGUAAAAGUAUUGUGGUGACGGUACAUCAACCUAGUUCCAGAAUGUUCCACAGUUUUAGUAAGCUUCUCCUGUUGAGUAACGGUCAGGUGGCGUACUACGGAUCGACGACGAAUGUCGGUAGAUUCUUCUCUACAAUAGGACUUACUCUACUGCCACAUUACAACCCCGCAGACUUCAUUCUGGAACAAAUAAAGGGGCAAGAGGAAGUUCGAGAUCGCAUCGUUGCCGCAGCGAGAGCUGCAAGACAGGGAUCUGACUGCCCACCGGAACUUCGCCCGGAGUAUAAUCCCAGCCAACAUCCGCUCUGCGACCAUCUCAUUCAUUAUCACGAGCACCACAUCAGCCACAACGUGAAGGAAGACGAAGGCCGUACGCUCUGGUUGGAUACACAAAGUCACGCCAGUAGCAGUGCGAGUUCCGCUGAUGACGACUAUACCUGGCAAUGGCCCACCAGUUUCUGGUCGCAGUUCAAAGUAUUAUCGGAAAGAAAUUUUCGAGAGGCACGACCACGAAUGUUGUCGCGUCUUCACUGGCUGCAAACGGUAGCUCUCGGGCUUCUAACUGGACUUUUAUGGCUGGGUCUUCCCAGAACUGAAGCAGCCAUUCACGAUAUUCAGGGGUGGAUGUUCUUCAGCAACACAUACUGGAUGCUUUUUGCACAUUUUGGAGCGCUCACUAGCUUUCCCCCGGAGCGUGAGGUAAUCAACAAGGAACGCCUGUCAGGAUCCUAUCGGCUCUCGGCCUACUACCUGGCGAAGAUGGUGGGCGAGCUGCCGCUGACGGUAACGCUGCCCGCAGUCUACCAUGUAAUUAGUUACCCGAUGUUGGGCUUCCAUAGUAUAGCAGUCUUCAUCACGCUGCUCGCGUUCUUGCUACUCAACACUGUAGUCGCACAGAGUGUCGGAUUUUUUGUGGGCGCUUGCUGCGAAGAUCUGCAGGUGGGCAUCACCGUGUCCGCGCUCUACACACUGUCGACGCAGCUUUUAGGCGGUUAUUUGGCGACGUCGGUUCCACCAUGGUUAGCGUGGGCUAGGUACAUCAGUAUGAUGCAUUAUGCCUAUCAAAAUAUGCAGAUUCUGGAGUUCGGUGUUGGCGAACCAAUAGCAUGCUCGCAGCCGAGUAAAUUCGCCGAGUGCAGAAACGGCACGACGAUAUCCGUUUCCGCGAUUUUGGAGAGUCAAGGCGGGGGCAAGGGUUCCGGUCUACCAUGGUGGGCAAACACGGCAGUACUAUUGGCGUUCCUAAUCGUUUUCCGGACCCUGGGUUACCUCGUCCUGCGUUAUUACCGUGUACCAAAAUGAGCGUGUUGGAAAACACGCAAGUAGCACACAAAUUCUCGACACGACUUUCGCGGAUCUUCAGUUUUGUUACUACAUAGAGUAUUAUAGCAACCGCCGUCGCUGUCGUUGUUGUCGUGUGUCUCGCCUCUUGUUAGGGAAUAAAAAACGGUCGCACGCUUCGAUGUCAUCCCUCGGGAGAAUUUUCUCCCGCCGUGAGCUGUCGAACGUCUGUAAAGUUUUUCUAGCUUGAAAACACGGGGGAGCGACGCGAAUGGUUAUCACGCAAGUGCGAGCGUUUUCACUUUUCCCGACGUAUCGAGCAAUGCGACAUGAAACACGAGACUGCAACAGACUU